GUCAUGGACUUUGGUCAGCAAGAGAAGUUCCCAUUCGCUUGUUGGCGUGGUUAGGCUUCCUGACGGCAUUCUGUUCAUGCGGCUGCUGAGCCACCUCUAUCAGAGCAAGACAAACCAUUUGUCCAACAUCGUCUUGGACACACAUAGCCCGCGACCUCGCGUUUGUAAACGACGUAGCACAUACAACCAACGGCCGCCCUGGCGCUUCAUGCGGCUUAUGCCUAGCUGCCAAUUCGUCGUCUAGAGUCUAUUUCGCGCACUCUCUCUCCGCCGUUGAUAAACGGGUCUGUCCACCACCCACCCCGCGUUGUAACUAUCUAAUUAUCUUUUCUCGCCAUUCCCAAUCCAGAAGCAUCUCGCGCGCCGAAUCCACAGCUAUCCGUCCGGACCUUAGCGACCCAUCGUCGCCGCCAUGGUUGGUGUCCCCGGACGCUCCAAGGGUUGCAACACGUGCCGGAAGCGAAAGAAGGGCUGCGACUUGCAACGCCCUACAUGUGGGCAGUGUCUAAAGGCGGGGAUCGAGUGCGCGGGCUAUGAGAGGAAGCGCAUCUUCGUCAACGUCACAAACCCUGGGGAGGCCGGCUGGGUCUCCAAGGCGCUGGUCCCCGUUGUCCGAGAAGUCACUCAGGCGCCCUGCCUGUCUCAGUCCGCCUUCGAAGAUAAGAUAUUCGAUCUGUUCUGGGAAGGUUACAUGCCUGAAGCCCCGCUGUGUGCCCCCGGAAGUCCCAUCGUGAGGUUUGCCAACGCAGACUGGGCGACGACAGUCCGCGACCUCUACCGCACCGACACGGCGCUGCGGCAGAGCCUGUUGGCGCUGAGUCUUGGGACCAUCGGCCGGCGAGACAAGCAGCAGUGGAUGAUCGACGACGGCCUCAAGUUCUACUGCGAUGCCUUGAGAGAGCUGAACGUGGCCCUGCGACACCCGAGGAGACGGAAGUCGGACGCCUUGAUCUUGGCAUCCAGGAUCCUUGGCUUCUACGAGCUCAUGUAUGGAGCCGACGAUAGAGAGCGACGCGGCAUCUCGCAAGCCCAGAGCUGGGAAGGCCAUACGCUAGGCGAGAUGGCCCUGGUGUUGCAACGGACUCCCGAAUCACACAUGGAGGGACAAUCGCACAGCUUGUUCUCAUCGGGACGGUAUCAUCUGAUCAUCUCGCACGUCAAGCGCAGACGCAGAUGUCCGCUCAGCCACCCCGUUUGGAAGACGGUCCCAUGGCAGACCACCCCAAAGACCCCAAAGGACGUCCUGGUCGACAUCUUCGUCGAUGUGCCCGGCCUUCUCGAAGACCUGGAUCGCCUGAGGAACUGCGAGGAUGACGCCGUCAAAGAGCGACGGCGCAGCAGGCUCGUCAAGGAAUGCUGGCGCAUGGACGGAGAGCUCCAGUGGUGGCUGAGCAACCUGAGCCCCCAGGAAGAACUCCAAGAUCUCAUGGCCAGAGGCCUCGACAACCCGGCCGCCUGCGAUGUUGUCGUUGCUUCCAUCAUGGCUCUGUGCUGGACCGUUUCCCUCCUCACGUACAGCACUCUCCGUCUCGCACUCGGCGCAACGGCCGGCCUCGAGCUGCCCGAGCGGACCGAUCCCCUCGUCUACUGCGCCAAGAUUGCCAACAUUGUCGACGUCUUCUUCCACCCUUCGGCGGGAACCUUUGGCAUCCAGUCCGCGCCCCUGCCGAUCGGCAUGGCUUUGAUGUACCUCAACUCGUCCGAGGAAGGGUUCAAUUCCGAGACCAAGUGGAAGCUGCUCGGCUUCUUUGGGCGCACGGCGAACAACGGCAUCACCAUUGGCAAGUUCCUUCUCAGCACCCAGAGGGACGGGCUGGCGGCCAAGACAUGCACGCCGGCCACGCCCGAUGGGAUCAGGACCAAGGCGAAGGGAUGGAUGGGGGUUGCGGCGUAGGGCUUCGGCUGCCUAGGCUGUUCGCCCUCCUAGCAAACUCUGGGUGACUGCGGAGUAGAAUAUUUUGGAGUUCAAAGAAGACUUUACAACAGUGUUUCUGUUCCUUGAGUGUCGUUGGGCCUAGAGCUGGACAGAACAGUGUCAACGCGGCCAACUCACUCUGUAGGGUUACGACAACUUCUAGAUUGUAGCUAGGUAGAUUGCUGUUCUAAUC